AUGGCUGGCUGGCCAGAAAACCGAGCUUUAGUUGAACCGAUGAUCAGAAAAUACUGGCAUUUCCGUGAUGAACUUGCUGUGUACGAAGGACUGAUUUUCAAAACUAACCAAGUGGUUAAUCCUCAUUCAAUGAGACGAAAAAUGUUAGCAGUGAUACAUAGCGGGCAUCCGGGUUUGCAAAGUGGCAUUAGACGUGCAAAACAAGUGAUGUUCUGGAUUAACAUGGCCAAAGAUAUUCAGGAUAUGACUGACGCUUGUCAAAUUUGUCAGAAACACAUGCGUAGUAACGUAAAACACACAAUAGUAUCAAAAGAAAUUCUGUUGUUGCCUUGUGAUAGAGUAGCCACGGAUCUGUUCCAUUUCCGAGGAAAAGAGUUCAUUUUGAUUGUCGACUCUAGCUACUUAGAUUUCAAGAAGUUAUCCGAUAAAUCUUUUCGUAACAUAAUUCAGUGCCUAAAAGAAUGGUUUUCUGUUCAUGGGAUACCCCGAGUGCUCGAAUCAGACAAUGGACCACAAUUUUCGUCCCAAGAAUUCAGAGAUUUUGCAAAGAUGUGGUGUUUCGAUCAUUGCACGUCUAGUCCGAUAUUCCCGAGAGCUAACGGGUUAGCAGAACGCUACGUACAAACGGCCAAAAAUAUUCUUAAAAAGUGUGCUGAGGAUAAAUCAGAUGUUCAAUUGGCUAUGUUGCACGUAAGGGACACUCCACGUUCCGAAGGAUUACCAGCAUCCUGUGAGAGAUUGAUGGGUAGACUGCUCCGCUCUAACCUUCCUAUUGCAUUGGAAAAACUACAACCGAAGACAGUGACGGGAGUCACGGAAGCCCUCGAUGCAGAACGGAAUCUACAGAAAUGUCAUGCCGAUCGCGGCGCUACCGUACCUAAACAUUUUCAGCAAGGAGAAUCAGUUCUACUUCAACAAAGUGAUAGAACAUGGAAACCAGCUACUGUGGUAAAAAGUUUCGAUGAAAGAUCGUAUGCAGUUGAUGAUGGUGAAAAGGUGCUCAGAAGAAACGCGCACCAUCUACGACCGACUACAGUGAAAAACGUUGCGGAAUCGGAAGCAGUGCAGAGGGAUGAAGUUAUGUCAACCAACUACGUAAGAGAAAAUCUGAGCGUCUCUCAACCAACACAGCCAGUAUCUGGGUCGAAUGAUACUACACAGCAAACAACACGAUCUGGUAGACUCGUCAAGCCUGCUUUGAGGAAAGAUUUUGUGUAUUACUAA